UCUGAGUUUCUGUCUUUCUGACUACACCCUGGCCCUGGAUCCGCCUCCCGUCUCUGACCUCCUCACAUAGCCGCCGCCGCCGAUCUCCGUCAUCGGCCCAGCAAUGCCCGCCGCCACGCCAUAGCUCACCGCGCGAUGCCCGCGCCCGCGCCCAAGGCGCUGCCCCGUCUCCUCGCCGCCAUAUCCACCGCCGCCUCCUCGGCCACUGACCUCCGUCGUCUCUCCCUCCUCCUCCUCUCCCCCUCCGCUCCUGUGCCCCCCAUCCGGUGCCUCAACACCCUCCUCAUGGCGCUCGCCCGCCACGGCAUGCUCUCGGACAUGGAGUCGCUCGCCGCCCGCAUGCCUGUCCGCAACCUCCACACCUACACCACCCUCAUCAACGCCUAUUGCCACGCUGGCGACCUCCCCGCUGCCAAGCGCCAUCUGUCCUCGCUCCUGCGCGCCGGCCUCGCACCGGACUCCCACGCGUACACGUCCUUCGUCCUCGGGUACUGCCGCACGGGGCUGUUCGCGCACGCCUGCCGAUUGUUCUUGCUAAUGCCGCAGCGGGGGUGCGCGCGCACCCCGUUCACGUACGCAGCCCUGCUCCAGGGGCUAUGUGGCGCUGGGAUGGUGCGCGAGGCGAUGGCGGUUUUCGCUGGGAUGUGGCCUGAUGGCUGUGCCCCUGAUUCGCACGUCUACAGCAUAAUGGUGCACGGGUUAUGUGGGGCAGGACGAGCUGGAGAGGCGGUUGCGCUGCUCACAGACGCAAUGGGGAAGGGAUUUGUGCCGAAUGUUGCUGUAUACAAUGCUUUGAUCGAUGGCUACUGCAGUACUGGGGACUUGGAGCUCGCAAUUGACAUCUUCAAGGGGAUGCAGAGUAAAGGGUGCUUGCCGAACGUCCGCACAUAUACUCAGCUGAUAUGUGGGUUUUGCAAGUCGGGGAAAGUAGAGAGGGCCAUGGUACUAUACAGUCGGAUGAUUGAGGCAGGUUUAGCUCCAAAUGUGGUGACAUACACAACCUUAAUCCAGGGACAGUGCAGCGAGGGGCACUUGGAACAUGCUUUUAGGCUGCUUCAUUCAAUGGAGGCUUGUGGGCUGGCCCCUAAUGAGUGGACUUGCUUAGUGCUGAUUGAUGCUUUGUGCAAACAUGGGAGAAUUGAGGAAGCUCAGCAGUUUCUCGGGUCUCUUGUUCAGAAGGGAAUUAAGGUGAAUCAGGUUAUCUACACCAGUAUGAUAGAUGCAUUGUGCAAGUCGGGAAAGUUUGAUGGUGCUCAUAAUCUGAUGCAGAAAAUAAUCACAGAAGGGUUUGUGCCAGACGCCCACAUGUACAGUUCGCUUAUUGAUGGACUAUGCAGGGAAAACAAGCUGUUGGAAGCAAUAUCACUAUUGAAUGAUAUGAUUGAGAGUGGAGUACAGGCCAAUGCUGUUCCAUUUACCAUUCUAAUUGAUAAACAUCUCAGGGAGUUUAGAUCUGAUUCCCCAAAAAUGAUAUCCGAUAGGAUGGCUGCGGCAGGUGUUAAGCCUGAUGUCGUCACUUAUACAGUUUUUAUACGCUCCUACUGUCAAGAUGGAAGGAUGGAAGAUGCCGAAUCCAUGAUGAUUCAGAUGAUCGAUCAUGGUGUUCGUCCAAAUUUAACCACAUAUAACACAUUGAUUAAAGGAUAUGCAAAUCUUGGACUAGUUAGUCAAGCAUUUUCAUCUCUUAAGAACAUGAUUGAUAAUGGAUGCAAGCCAAAUGACGAGUCUUACACAGUUCUCCUUGGACUUCUACUAAAGAAAAAUUCCUACCAUGACUUAGUUGCUGAUUCUAUUAGUUUAUGGAAAAUAGUUGACAUGAAAGUUCUCGAGGAACUUUUGGAGGAAGUGAUUAAGCUUCAGUGCAGCUCAGCCAGCUAUGUUUACGAUUGUUUUAUUAGAUGUUUGAGCAAAGUCGACAGAUUGGAGGAAGCAAAAAGUUUUCUCGUAGGGAUGCAGAGUGCUAACUUAACCCCAAGUGAGGAUGUAUAUACUUGUAUGAUAGAAUGUUGCUACAGAAUGAAAUUGCUAAAAGAAGCUUUAAGGUUUCUUGAUUCAAUGGUGAAAAGAAACUAUUUACCACGUUUAGAAUCUUAUAGGUUUAUUAUUUGUGCUCUUUGUGAGGAAGGAAGCUUUCAUACUGCUAAAAGCAUUUUUGGUGACAUACUAUCAAAGGAAUACAACCGUGAUGAGAUUGCUUGGAAGAUUUUGAUUGAUGGCUUAUUACAAAAAGGAAACACUGCUGACUGCUCCCGUCUGCUAUCAUUCAUGGAGGAACAGAAUUGCCGUCCUGGUUCUGCAAUAUAUUCUAGGCUUACAGGCGAAAUAACAGUUACAAGUGAAGCUCAGGAAAUUGCUACAUGAAUACGGACAAACCAACCAACCUUAGUGUUGGUGUUGAUGGUUCCAUGAAUCAGUACAAGAUGGGCAAAUUGAAAGCUAAAAAGACUUUGGCUGUUUGACAUUAGCAGUGCCCCUGUAAUUGUGAGGAAGGAUGUGGCAACACAAAUAAUCCCUGAUAUAAGCAGGUGGAUGAUCGGGUGAUUCUGACUAGGUGGUCCAAGGCUUGAGGCUCUGCAAAAAGGCAACAUAUAUUCUAGAAUGGAAGAAAAAAACUAUGGAAUCUAAAUCUUCUGCCUGGGAAGUAACACAAAUUGUGAAGUGUAUAUCAAAUUCUUGGCUUGUGCUGGACCAUCCCUGAUGCGGCAAUUCCAUGGGCGACAAAGGGGACUGAGGUGAAUGCAGUGCAAAUUCCUGAGCCGACUAUUCCCUGCUGUGUGCCUCUGGAAUCAACAGAUGCUACCCCUCGGACAUCGAGCUUGUGGCUGUUGGCAAGUUCCUAGUGCCAAGUGCUCCGAGCCUCCAACCAACGGCGAAGUGGGCAAAGCUCUCCAGACACUGCUGCUCCAAGGGCCUCCAGAAUUUGCUGUAAGAUUUCGCCCUGAUAACAUCAUUGUCUAUUCUCGAGCACCAAGACAACAGGGAGAAUCGCCAGCUCCAGCAUCUGAGUUCAUUGAAAAGGUUACCAAGAAGAUAGACACCCUUGUACCUGUUCCGAUCAUUCAGAAAAGGAGAAAGAAAAUGAACUACCCGACCCGCCUGCCACGGCGCACCCGUCGAAUUGCCUAACUGCCACCUGAAAGGCUGAAACUGACCUAGUUUCAGCAUCAGCCGCUUGCCGUAAGCUUGGCUUGUCAGAUGAAGAAGGAAGGAUAUCUGAUGAAACCCUUGAGAGGUACAUCAAACUCUAUGAUGAGGAUAGACUAUGCCGCGAGCUUGGCUUGUCAGAUGAAGAAGGAAGGAUAUCUGAUGAAACCCUUGAGAGGUACAUCAAACUCUAUGAUGAGGAUAGACUAUUCCGCGACCAUGUGGCAGCGCUUGCUGCUUUAUUUGGCUGGGACGCGCCUCCUGAAGGACAAGCUUGUCUUGCCGACAACACCGUGUUAGUUGUCUGACAGCUCCUAUUUUUGGUCCUGCUUCUGAUUCUGCGUCAAUGGAUAGAUCCAAUAUCUUGAUUUGGAAUGUACGGGGUCUUAAUGAUAAAUCAAGGCGAGAUAAUCUUCGGAAAGUCGUUGAUGCAUCCAAACCUUCUGUGAUUGAAGUCUCAUUUUGAAGCGAAUCCAAGGGACAUUGAUUUGCUCAAGCGUGAUAAGUUGAUAAACAACAGGGAAAUUCAUGAACUGAUGCACACAUGCGUUAUGUUCCUGACUAUCUAAUUGACCCUAAAUCAAAAGAAGCCAUUGUCAAACUUUCCAGGGCUCCUAUGGGUAUGGACAAGCCCCAAAGACGAAAAAGACACGGGUUUAAGGGAGGAUCAGGGAGAAGCAGAGAUCCUCUUAAAACUCUCUGCUGAGGGAAAACGAGGGAGACGGAGGAGAGAUACAGAGGGAGAACCAGAUAUAUAGAACAAAUAGUAAGAAGCGCGGAAAGUUGAUUUUGCAAUGAGUCUUGCCAUCAAACUCACUCAGUUUUGUAGGCUUGUUUUAAGCCACAUGUCAAACUUGUAUCGUUGACACUUGAGGAACUGUUGUUUCGGUGACACUUGUAGCUAAGGAGUAUAUAUUUCAUUGCCUGAUGGAUAUUCAAAGGCUAAAAAUGUAAACUCCUCCCAGCUAGAACAUUCAUAUUAAAUUCGUUUGCCGGUUAUGUAAACAAAAUCUGCUUCUCAUGGGUCUGGCUGAGGUGAUGCCACCCGCACGUACAAAGUUACAUUUCCUCUAGUUUUUAAUGGGAAACUUUUAAAAAAAUUUUAUCAAAAACCAAUCAUUUACAUUGGUUUGUGCUA